AUGACAGGAACACUUCAGUCUUAUGUGACAGAUUGUCGCGAGGAUAAGAAGAGGAGAUUACCCCAAGGUCACACUGGAAAGGUCGUAAGCAGCAGCGGAUCGGCACAUGAAGAUCUCGACGACAUGUUUGCGUCGCUGUCCAUCGACAGCGUCCUCGCUCAAGAAAAUUCAGGAGAUCGUUCCAAGGACAGGAAGAGAAAAUCAUGCCAAGAAAGUGCUGGAAAUUUGACUAACGCUUUAUCGGAUGAUGUUUUGGAAAACAUGUUUGCGUCGCUUUCGAUCGAUUCUAGAGUGACAAGUACUGCUUCCACAAGAUCGGGGAAAGGAUCUUUUAUUAUUCUUGAUGACAAUAUUCUCGCUGGAGGUAAUUCAGAUUGCACCACUUCCACUGACUCUAGGAGGCCAAGGUCAGAGGUAUUCAUUGAAAGGGUAAAUGACCUGUUGCUGCACCAUGAUGGAACUGGUGUUCGAGUGUUCGAGGUUCGUUUUGAUUUGAACUCCACUCAUGCUGCCCACCUUGACAAAUGGGUCCAGUUUGCGUCAGAGGCGGGUGCACAAGAUGUGAAACUUAGCUUGUGUAAAGACAUGACAUCUUGUCCGGAGCAUUUGGUGACUGCAAAUCGUUAUAACUUCCCUUUGCAUUGCUUUGGCGAUGGGCGACAAAGAUCCUCGAUGCGGAAGCUAGACCUGACGAAUUGCAUAUUCACGCCACCGCUGGAUUCCAGUGCCUUUUCCUCCCUUGUAUGCCUUUAUCUAGUACGUGCCACAAUAACCGACGCCGGCGUCCAGAACAUUUGCUCUUGCUGCCCUAUUCUCCGCCAUCUGAGACUGGCACGAUGUGACGAUCUUGUUAAUGUAAGGAUUUCCCAUGAAGUGCUGAUAUGUUUGGAUAUAUUUCGUUGCAAAAAGCUGGUGAGUGUUGAGAUUCACGCCACCUGCCUACUCAUCUUCGAGUAUGAUGGGCAUGAGGUACACAUCAAUUAUGCUAGUACCCCCAGUAUGAGGUUUUUGGCAAAUAAUUUCAAGAACCGAAAUAGUUAUCUUUCGGACGGUGUAGAAGCCAUGAAAAGGAUCAGAAAAAUCACCUUGACAUUUCUUUGGCCAUCGGAGAAGCCCAGUUGUACACUUUACGCGAUCAAAUUCCCAGCAUUACAGUUCAUCAACCUAUUUAUUUUGCCAUCUUGGAAUAAUGUUCGUGGAGUAGCUUAUCUCGUCAAGGCAACUCCUUAUCUUAAAAGACUCCGGCUAGAAGCACGCAGCGGAGACCACCAUUAUCGGGACGACGUCCAGGUCAGCUGGCCCGAGGGCAUCUCUCUCAAGAGGCUCCGUUUCAUCACCGUGGGCGGUUUCGCCGCCCAGGCCCCGCUGGUCGAGCUCUUGGUGUGCCUGGUGCACGCGGGCGCCCCACCAUCUCUGCAAAGGGCUGGGCAGGGUGGCUACCACAAGAGCUUAAUAAGCAGUCAAAGAAUGAUCAGUGCCAAUGUGCUGAUAUGCAGCUCAAGUUAUCUAGACAUCACAAAUGCCAUUGAAUAA